GCGCUAUACUUUUCUAGCUGAUCUUCUGGAGUUUUUGCAUUAGCUAGUUAUACUCUCCUCCGUUUCCCGAAUAUAAAUAAAACUUGGGUUUUGUUCAUUAGAAAUUACAAGAAGAAGAAUGAAGAACGGCAUCCCAUUUGGAUCAUAUACUGCACUUCUUGCUGCAAUAUUCUUUUCGGUUUUUUCCGUGGGUAGAAGUCUUCGUUUAACGCAUGACAUGACAGAGAGCUUGAGUACUAACGGUGAAGGAGGCACAGGAGAUCGAUUUUAUAUUAUACCCAAGAAAUUAGGAGUCAAUGAGAAGGAAGAAGUAGCAGUGGAAAUGCACCCGACUGGAGGUUCAAGUUUACCUGAUUGUUCUCAUGCCUGCGGACCAUGCUUUCCAUGCAAAAGGGUGAUGGUGAGCUUUCGAUGUGCCUCUACCGAGUCUUGCCCUGUUGUCUACCGUUGUAUGUGUAAAGGAAGAUACUAUCACGUUCCUUCCAACUGAUCAGCGACAUCAAAUUAAUCAGACAUGUAUCCUAAGAUUUAAGACACCACAGUUUUGGAAUUUUGUAAUAAGAGAUAGAAGAUACAUCGAUUGAUGGACAAUGGUGGAGCGAGUCACAAUUGUUUGGACUUUUAGACGGUGAAACUUAAGACUGAUGUUUCAUUAUUGUCAAUGUCACCGGCAUACUUUGAAUAUUGUCAUUCCCGAAGGCAUGUAUUUUGUGUUAUGUACAUGGGUUUAGUUUUCCAUGAGUUUCGCAUACAUUAGCAAGAAUCGCAUAUUGUUGUCUUACUUAAUUGUCCCUGUUAAAUUCUGAAAUCCCAUAUUAUAGAUGAUUUUAUCAUGAAAAACCAAAGAAUAAAUUC